AUGGCUGAUACCUUGGUCGCCCAAAUUCCGCAAGCAUUCCACCAUGAGUCUGAAGAGGUACCGGACCAGUCUUACCUGGAACCGAAGCCGGCAGCUUUGAGCGACGACCUCAGCAACGAGCUCUACGAACUACUGCUGCUGGCCUUUGAUCAAGAUCAGGCUGUUGAGGGCACCACCAAGCUUUACGAAGCCGUGUCCAACGGCCAAGCUGAGCUCGUUGUCUGCGCAGCCGAUGUAGUCCGAGACUUCUCCUUGGAUCAUAUGCCGGCGCUAUGCGAGUCCCACAGCGUCCUCUACGUGUUCGUCCCUAGUAGAUAUGUCUUAGGGCAAAGUUGUGGAUUCGAUUAUUCCAUCUCUGCAGCAACGAUUACAUGCCACGAGGGCAGUGACCUGGCUGCGGCGAUCACAGAGAUGAAGGAGAAGCUGCAAGAGAACCAGAACGGGAUGUGA